AGUAAACAUUGAUGAAUAAUAAGAGUGGUUCGUGUGCACGAUCGAAAAUAAAAUGCAAGAAAUUAUCAAUUCAAUUUAAUAGCAUCAUAAUGCUAUUUAAAUUAAGAAGAAAUGAAUUUCAACUGCAAAUGGCAUUUACUGCAGCAAAUAGACGCUAUGUUACGUAACAUGCCGCGCUCCGAUUUCUCAGAUUCUUCAUUUAGGAUCAGGAUUUUGGAAUUUGAUGUUACACAAAUAGACGCCAUGUUACUAACCGAUUUCUCAGAUUAUUUAUUUAGGAUCAGGAUUUUGGAAUUUGAUGUUACAAAAUGAAUUUCAACUGCAAAUAGCAUUUACUGCAGCAAAUAGACGCCAUGUUAGUAACACGCUGUGCUCCGAUUAUUCACUUAGGAUUAAAUUUUGGAAUUUGAUGUUACAGAUUAGGUCUUCGGAAUUUGAUAACAGUAGACAUUUUAAGAAAAAUAUUGUAAAUGGCAUUUACUGCAGCAAAUAGACGCCAUAUUAUGAACAUUAUGUGCUUCGAUUUCUCGGAUUGUUCACUAAGGAUUUGGAUUUAGGAAUCUCAUGUUACAGCAGGCAUAAUUGUGAAAAUGCAUUUGUUUUAAUCUUUUAUAAAAAUGUCUUGAAAGUGUUGCCAAGGGACAAAAGGUUGCCAAACAGGAGUUUAAGAGACACGAGGUCGUAGAUGGAGGACAAAUUGAAUAUGGAUAGAUGGACAGACAAACGAACUAACGACUGCUAUAGAUUUUGUUUACAACCUUCAAUUAAUUUCAGAACAGGAAUCUACCAAGAUGUCAGUCGCCUUAACAUGGCUAGUUUAUCUGGCCGUGAUUGUCGUUUUAUUAUAUUUUUUGGGGGUAUCAAACCACAACUAUUUUGCAAAAUUAGGUAUUCCUUUUGCAAAACCACUUCCAUGGAUCGGGAACAUGGCUCCAUUUGUCUUCAAACAAAAUUCUUUAUUGGACAUGCUGGUUGAUUUAUAUAACAAGUUUCCUGAUAGCAAAAUAUGUGGUAUUUUUGAAUUUCGCAACCCAGUUGUGCUCAUCCGUGAUCCAGAUAUUAUUAAACAGAUAGGUGUGAAAGAUUUCGAUCAUUUUUUGGACCAUCGAGUGAAAAUCGAUGAAGUUAUCGAGCCUAUGUUUGGAAGGAAUUUGUUCUCCUUGCAAGGACAAAAGUGGCGGGACAUGCGAGCCACGCUCAGUCCCGCUUUUACCGGGAGCAAAAUGAGAAGCAUGUUCGGUUUGGUGACCGAAUGUGCCGAAGAUUUGGUUAAAUAUUUGGAAACGCUUAAUGAGUCAGAACGCACCUUGGAAUUGAAGGAUCUUUACACUCGUUUCACAAACGAUGUCAUUGCUUCAAGUGCCUUUGGACUGAAAGUUGAUUCUCUUAAAAACAAAGAUAAUGAUUUUUAUUUAAUGACGAAAGAAAUUUCCAAUUUUGGCGGCUUGAGGGCGUUCAAAUUUUUUGGAUAUACUUCAUUUCCAAGACUUAUGAAGUUGUUCAAAGUUCAAAUGUUUGGACCUGAAAUUCAGCAAUUCUACCGCGGCUUGGUUCAAGACACAAUGAAAAUGCGAGACCGAGAAAACAUUACCAGGCCUGAUAUGAUCCAGCUUCUGAUGCAAGUCCGUAAGGGAACUUUGAAGCACGAAGACACACCAGACGUUAAAGAUGCAGGAUUUGCUACCGUUACAGAAUCUACCGUAGGAAAAGCAACUAAUAAUCGAAUCUGGGAAGACGAUGAUCUGGCAGCUCAAGCCGUACUAUUCUUGGUAGCUGGAUUUGAUACAAGUUCCACUUUAAUGUGUUUCACUUGUUACGAACUUGCUAUAAAUCCAGACGUUCAAAAAAAAUUACAAGAUGAAAUUGACGAAGUUCGAGCAGAAAAUAAAAAAGUCACCUAUGAUAUAAUUCAGAAAAUGAAAUAUUUGGAUAUGGUUAUAUCAGAGGGUUUACGAUAUUGGACACCAGCUGGAUUUAUGGAUAGGAUUUGUGUUAAGCCAUACACUCUAAUUGAUCCAGAUACAAACGCUAGAAUUGAGUUGAAACCUGGCGAUGGCGUUUGGUUUGGAGCAGCUGGUAUUCAUCGCGAUCCCAAAUAUUAUCCAAAUCCUACAAAAUUUGAUCCGGAAAGAUUUUCAGAUGAAAAUAAACAGAAUAUUAAACCAUUUACUUAUUUGCCAUUUGGAGUUGGACCAAGGAGUUGUAUCGGAUCGAGAUUCGCUUUGAUGGAAGCUAAAGCAUUAUUGUUUUUCAUACUUUCGAGUUUUACCAUUGAGCCGUGCGCGAAGACGCAAAUUCCGAUUAAGCUGAGCGCUCAAUCUGGUAACGUGACUGCCGAAAAAGGAUUCUGGGUAUACUUUAGGCCAAGGAAAGCCACAAACUAGGUCCUAAACAUAAAAAAUAAAAUAUUUUACGACAGACUUAUAAUACUUUUAUAUUUAAGUAUUUUAUUAUUAUGACGUCACAUUUUAUU